AUGUCGUAUCUCGACACCAGCGACCCGCAGCGACCGGCCACGGCCGCAUCCGAUACAAACACGGCAGUAACCUCUCAUGCUCCCUCGGAUCACAUCGAAAUGAGCGAAGUUGUUAAGAAACAGUCCAACGGUCAUGGGUCUGUUAAUGUAGAGGAGGCGCAGGCUCAGUUUCAUGCGCUUGCACGGCGUCUCACUCGUCAAAGUACACAGCAUAACGACAAAUCUGGUGGCGACAUCGAGAAGCAGGAAACAUUUGACUUGCUCGAGUAUCUUCGCACUACCUCGGGCAAGCAAGACGAAGCGGGGUUCGCCAAGAAGCACGUCGGAGUCACGUUUGAGAACCUGCGGGUGACCGGUGUAGGAGGUGUCAAGAUUUACGUUCGCACGUUUCCUGACGCAGUCAAGGAGUUCUUUCUGUCACCUUACUACCUUGCAAAAAGCCUAGUAGGUGGCCCAUCGGCUGCUCCCAAAGCUAUCUUACACUCUUUCAAUGGUGCCGUACAUCCGGGGGAAAUGGUCUUAGUCCUUGGUCGCCCCGGUGCCGGGUGUUCAUCAUUCUUAAAGACGAUCACCAACCAACGAGGUAGCUUUCUCUCUGUCGACGGGGAUGUAAGAUAUGCUGGGUUCGAUGCUCAAGAGUUUGGAAAACGUUAUGCUGGCCAAGCAGCUUACAACAUGGAAGACGAUAUUCACUACCCUCUUCUAAGCGUCGCUCAAACGUUGCAGUUUGCGUUGAAGCUCAAAUCCCCGGGCCGGCUACUCCCAGAACAGACUAGGGCGGAGUUAAAUGACGAGGUGCUUAGCACAUUGUUGUCUAUGCUCAACAUUGCGCAUACUCGCAAUACCGUAGUUGGGAAUGAGUUUGUGCGUGGCGUUUCGGGUGGAGAGCGCAAGCGUGUAUCGAUCGCUGAGAUGAUGGCUUCUCGUGCUGUUGUAUGUUCUUGGGACAACUCUACCCGAGGUCUCGAUGCUUCCACUGCGCUAGACUACGCGAAGUCCCUCCGUAUAAUGACGGAUAUUUUUAAGCUCACCACCUUCGUCUCCCUUUACCAAGCUGGAGAGGGAAUCUACGAUCAAUUUGAUAAGGUACUGCUCAUUGACGAAGGCCGCCAGGUUUACUUUGGACCUGCCAAGGAAGCCCGCGCAUACAUGCUCUCGCUCGGCUUCCGUAACAUGCCACGUCAGACGACUGCCGACUAUCUCACAGGUUGCACGGACCCAAAUGAACGUGCAUUUGCGGACGGUCGCUCAGCCGCAGAUGUCCCGUCGACUCCAGACCAGCUGGCUCAGGCGUUCCAACAGAGCAAAUACUGGUCUAGGUUGGUAGCGGAGCGUCAAACCAUGCAAGCCGAGUGGCAGGGAGAGGGAGACGACCCCUCCGGGACUAAAGGUCAGUUCUUACAAGCAAACAAAGAGGAGAAGCGCAAGCAUGUGUCACGCAAGGACCCGCAUACGGUCAGCUUUUUCGGUAUGGUGAAGACAUUGGUCUGGCGUCAAUGGCUUUUGCAAAUUCAGGAUACAUUCUCUAUUUUUACCAGUUUUGCCACCUCUAUCAUAAUUGCUCUUGUAGCAGGAAGUGUAUUUCUCAACUUACCGGCUACCGCCGCUGGCGGAUUCACUCGAGGUGGAGCGAUGUUUAACGCCCUACUAUUCAACGCGUUCAAUGCGUUUAGUGAAUUGCCGACUAUGAUGGGCGGUCGUCCGAUCUUGUACAAGCAACUUUCUUACCGGUUCUAUCGGGCCAGCGCGCUCUCUGUCGCACAGACUAUUACAGACAUUCCCCUGUCGUCCAUUCGGGUGCUUUUAUUCUCCAUCAUAGUGUACUUCAUGUACGGUCUGGAUCGUACCGCGGGGGCAUUUUUUACAUUCUUCUUAUUUAUAUACCUUACCUUUCUUGUGAUGACCGCGUUCUUCCGCCUGAUCGGUAUUGUCUGCACUGGAUAUGAAAUGGCAUCUCGCUCCGCCGCGCUUAUCAUCACUUGCAUGGUUUCAUAUUCUGGAUAUAUGAUUCCAGUUCAAGCAAUGAAACGAUGGCUCUUUUGGAUUUGGUACAUGAACCCUCUCAACUAUGGAUUUGGCGCAUUAAUGGCGAACGAGUUCUAUCGAAUCGAUCUUCAGUGCGUUGGCACAUACAUUGUUCCUCGUAAUGUUGGCAGCAUCACGAAGUAUCCCACCGAGCUCGGACCCAACCAGGCUUGUACUCUUGCGGGAGCGAGCCCAGGCCAACCACUCGUGGAUGGAGAUGCAUACAUCUGGGCUGGCUACCAGUACCGGAGGAUCAAAUAUGGCGAAACUUUGGCAUCCUUGUUCUGUUUUGGUAACCUGGAACCUGCCAGACACGGGGCCAACGCGCGUGCAGUGACGAUCUACGCCAAGGAAAAGAAGGAGAAUAAGGAACUUAAUGAACGUCUUCAUCAACGCAAGGCCGCAGGUCGCAAGAAUGAAGACGAUGGCGCUAUCAGCGGUACUACGACCACCAGCGGCAAGGCGUUUACAUGGGAGAACCUCGAUUACACUGUUCCUGUUCCGGGUGGCACACGUCAGCUCCUAAACAAGGUUUUUGGCUACGUUAAACCUGGUACUUUAACUGCUCUUAUGGGAUCUUCCGGCGCCGGAAAGACAACGCUCCUGGACGUAUUGGCCGGUCGCAAGACCAUCGGAGUCAUCCACGGCGACGUGCUCAUCGGCGGCCAACCCACUGGCGUUGCCUUCCAGCGUGGUACUGCCUACUGCGAGCAGCUUGAUGUUCAUGAAUCUACAGCCACUGUUCGCGAGGCCCUACGUUUCUCUGCCUAUUUGAGGCAGCCAUAUGAGGUCACCAAAGAAGAAAAGGACGCAUACGUGGAAGAGGUUAUUGCCCUGCUCGAGAUGGAGGACAUCGCCGAUGCUAUGAUUGGUCAGCCUGGCGUCGGCCUUGGCGUCGAAGCUCGCAAGCGUGUCACGAUCGGUGUCGAGCUUGCUGCCAAGCCUCAGCUUCUACUCUUCCUAGAUGAGCCUACCUCUGGCCUUGAUGGCCAGUCCGCGUACAACAUUGUCCGAUUCCUGAAGAAGCUUGCUGCUGCUGGUCAGGCUAUCUUGUGCACGAUCCAUCAACCCAAUGCUCUGUUGUUCGAGCAGUUUGACAACCUACUCUUACUCCAGCGCGGUGGCGAAUGCGUUUACUUUGGUCCCAUCGGAAAGGAUAGCCAGCACCUUGUGAGGUACCUGGCGGAACGUGGGGCUGAAUGUCCUUCUGAUGCAAACCCCGCUGAAUAUGUGCUCGAGGCAAUUGGUGCUGGCUCUCGCGACCGUAUUGGACCGACUGAUUGGGCUGAGCUCUGGCGUCAGAGCGCCAACUUUGAGCAGGUCAAACGCGAAAUCCAGCAUAUCAGGGCAGAGGCCGCACAACACCCCCCGGAGUCGGACCCGAAGGCCGACCAGGAAUAUGCUACUCCGUUCUUCUAUCAGCUCAAGAUCGUCUCGGAACGUACGCUUACCGCCUUUUGGAGGCAGCCCGACUAUGGAUUCACUCGGCUAUUCACGCACGGAGCUAUCGCACUUAUAACUUCUCUGACUUAUUUGAAUCUUGGAAACUCUACUCAAGAUCUCCAGUACCGUGUGUUUGCUAUCUUCCAGGCGAGCGUAAUGCCAGCAAUCAUCAUCUCGCAGGUGGAACCGAUGUUCAUCUUGGCCCGUAUGAUCUUUACUCGCGAGUCGUCGUCUCGGAUGUACUCUCAGAUCGUCUUUGCUCUUGGACAGCUGAUGGCUGAGGUGCCGUACUCAAUUAUUUGCGCAGUGACAUACUUCCUGCUGCUAUAUUACCCCGCCGGCUUUAACACAGCAUCGGAUCGCGCGGGCUACCACUUUUUCAUGAUUCUGGCAACCGAGUUUUUCUCCGUCACUCUCGGUCAAAUGUUGGCCGCCCUUACUCCUAGCGUGUACAUUGCUUCGCUGCUGAAUCCGUUCCUACUGGUUGUUGUGAGUUAUAACUACCUUCCCUUUGUCUACGAGGACUUCAAACUUACCGCCUAUAAUCAGUUCUCCUUGUUUUGCGGUGUCUCAAUCCCUAAGCCCUCGAUGCCAGCAUUUUGGCGUGCUUGGUUAUACCAACUUGAUCCCUUCACCCGGCUCAUUUCCGGUUUGGUCACCACCGAACUGCACGGACUCCCAAUCAUUUGUACAGAAAAUGAGUUCUCGGUAUUCCAGCCUCCAUCGGGCGAGAGUUGCCUGCAGUGGGCUGGUGAUUUCGUGAACGCAACUGUGGGAUAUCUUGACAAUCCAGAUGCUACAUCUGACUGCGUUAUUGUCCUUAUUCUCUGGGCGACGACUUUUAUGCCGGACUCGAGAUCAAGUUUGACGACCGCUGGAGAGAGCUUGGCCAAGAGGCCUAAAACAACGCAAUCGCAAGUGGAUCGACUAUUCAAGCAGUUCCAGCCUGACGUUGAAUUUUCGACCAAAUACAAAAUCGAACUGGAAGGCGCGGAUGUAUACUAUAAAGAAGACUUUAUUCCGUCCGAAACGGCUGAUCAGUGGUACGAGGAGUUGAAUACUUUAGAUACGUGGUAUCGGCCUACUCUCAAGGUCUACGGGAAGGAUGUAAUUCAGAGCCGUUUGAUUGCCGCUUAUGCGACAGACCCACGACUGACUGUAAAGUAUUCUGGACAUCCGGUCAUACUACACACUGAAUACCCUCCUACACUCCGAAAAAUACAAGACCAGGUGGAGGAGCAACUGGGGGUAACUUUUAAUCAUGUCAUGCUAAACAAGUAUGAAGAUGGUAGUGUGUAUAUUGGGAAGCAUAGUGACACUAAAGAGAAUAAGGUCAUAGCGAGUGUCAGUCUAGGUGCAGUCAGGACCUUCAUUAUGUCACCCAAAUCUGCCGGUCGUAACAAAGGUAGUAAAUCAAAGACGGUGGAAGCUAAACGCUUGGACCUUGCGAAUGGCAGUCUGGUUGUGAUGCAAGGUCAAACACAGGACAAUUGGAAGCAUGAAAUCCCCAAGCAGCCAAAGAUAACCGAGGGACGAAUAUCCUUGACUUUUCGCCAGCUCAUUAACCAAUAA